CUUUCAAAAUGCUUUGAAAGCUUGCAAAUAUAUAUGCGUACGAUGCUAAUUUUUCAGUGAAAUUUUACUGACAUAAUCAAAUACACAUAUAAGUAGUAAAGUGUAAGUGCUCUCUACCGAAAAUUAGAAAAUUAAAAUAUUCACUGUUCUUUUGUAAAAUUUUGUGCUUCAAUCAAUGACAUUUUCACGGAUCAAGUUUAAGAGAGCGCAUUGAAGUAUCUAAUCCCGACUCGAAUAAAUUAUUCGGAUAAAAUUCAGAUCAGAUACUUUAACGAUUAAUAACUCUAUUUUCAACUACAUGCUAAACACGCGCUGCCUAUAAUAACGUCGAAAAGACGCAUUCCCGGACGCUAUCGCGCCAAUCUCGCAUAGGAUCAAGUGUGCAGCGUUCUCGCUUUACAGAAGGAAGUGAAGAAUUGCUUUGUGUAUGUAUUUCACGAAUUCGCGCGCGCAUCAACGAUCGUGCUAACGUGCGUUAAAAAAAAAUGCCGAUCUUAACGAAACGGAAAUAUAUCCGUCGCUCGUGCGAUCAGUCCGCGCAAAAAUGUCGCGACAAGUGCCGUCAUAUACACUGCUGCACAUUUCUCUCUUCCUCUGCUUGGCGAUUAUUUUUAUUAACGCGAGAUGUGUCGAUAGCUUUUCCGAUCACUGCUCGGAACUGAUUCAGUUUGAUAUCGACGAGAUCGAAGAUCAUUUAUCAAAAUUAAAUCUCACGGAUGUACCUACCGUGAAAAUGAUGGUCGCUGGAUUUAAAUGUCCGAUCUCUGCUUUGCCUUUUGGCACGCUGAAGUCGGACUGGUCCAGGCUGCUGUUGCUUCAAGAAGCCCAACCAGACGGAUCGAUUAUCAAGCGUAAACUCAUCCGACUGAUGCGCAUUUUGAUUGUCGCUUAUUAUCAAAUGGAGGAACGUUUCGACACGACGGAUUCUGAUGUGAUUCGAGAGAAAGAAACGGAGACGACCGUAUCGGAUGAUGCCGACAAACAGUUUAGUUCGAGCAACAGUGAUUGGAUAAAUGAAACUUCGAGUAACGAUGUGGCUCUUCAUGAUUCGUAUCCGCAGUCGUUCCCGAUAACAGUAUCUGUCAAAAAUGAUCACUCGAGAAUAGAAUCGCAAACCGCAGAGAGCUUUUCGAGCUCCAGCCACGCGAACAGCGUCGUCCCGUUCGAGAUCAAAUUGAGAUAUCAAAACGUCACGUCGCCGACCGAUCUUACGCCUUAUCGUACUAGCGAGGCCCUCAACGCGAGAAACGCCACCUUUAAGGUACUCGAUAAUUGUUUGAAGCAGUCCUUGAACGACAUCGCGCGCAGGCAACCGAAUCACAGACAAGUUUUCGAGAUCUUGAGGAAUAAGGCAAAGUAUAUGGAGCGCGCGGCUCGAACGGGUAACGAGAUCGACGAUUACGGGAAAUAUCGCACCAAGAUAUCACUGCCGACGAACGAGUUCUGGAGAUACGUGACGUUCCCUACGGAUGCAUCGCCAACUAUCCCCGGCGUCGCGAAACGAGUUCAUCGAAUGCGAAGAUUAAACGGGUUCAGGACGAGCCUCCGGAAGUCGCGAAAACACGCGAAAUCAGAUGGCGAUAUUAACGAAAACUUGAGGCAAUUUUACGGGGUCGAGAAAAACGAAGCAGGCGUAAAAAAAUAUACGAGAGCGACAGAAAUAACAUCGCCAUCGAACGCGAGGGAAAAAAGUGACAGGAUGACCGAGAAGUAAUGCAAUACACGUCAUUUCGGCAUUUUGUGCAACGUCCUUCCACGAUUUUAUUAUCCGACGGGCCCAGCUUCCCUAAACGGACAACGCUCGCGUAUAUUUUGCGGCAAAUCUCAAUAAAAUUCAUCUUUCAAUAUAUUUUCCAGCGUUAUUCUCGUACGAGCGACAUUUACACCAAACGCUUUCAAAUCAUUUUUCUAUGUUUAUUUUCCACGCUAGUAUAAAUCCGUAUACAA